GGUGAUUCGGUGAAGGAUACUAUUGACAGAUACAGUGAACAUGGAUGCUAGAACCAAAAUGCAAGAAAGCAGUUCACAGUUGUCUGCCACUUCAUAUCAAAGCGUCCCAACUUUCCCUCUUCAUUCAACCAAUGACAAAGCUAUUCCCCUUCUAGGUUUUGGCACAGCCGAAUACCCUUUCGGUGCUUCCAUUGAUACCAUGAAACAAACCAUUCUCGAAGCUAUCGAAGUAGGGUACCGUCACUUCGAUACGGCUGCUCUUUACCAAACUGAACAGCCUUUAGGUGAAGCAAUAUCAGAUGCUCUUCGUCUACGGUUAAUCAAAUCCAGAGACGAACUCUUUAUCACUUCCAAGCUCUGGUGUAGCGAUGCACACCAUGAUUGUGUUCUCCCAGCACUCAAAAAAACACUCAAAAAUUUGAAGUUGGAAUAUCUUGAUCUGUAUCUGAUUCACUGGCCAGUGAGCGUGAAGCCUGGGGAAUAUGAGUUGCCUGUUAAGAAGAAGGACCUUGUUCCUAUUGAUCUAAAAUCUGUGUGGGAAGCAAUGGAGGAGUGUCAAGCUCUUGGCCUAACAAAAUCUAUAGGAGUAAGCAAUUUCUCCUGCAAGAAACUCGAAACUAUCCUUUCCACUGCCAAAAUCCCACCUGCAGUGAACCAAGUGGAGAUGAACCCAAUGUGGCAGCAAAAGAAACUGAGGAAGUUUUGCGAUGAGAAGGGCAUACUUAUCGAGUCUUACUCUCCUUUGGGGGCAAAAGGAACGCUGUGGGGAACAAAUCGGGUGAUGGAAUGUGAGCUACUCAAGGAAAUUGCCCAAGCCAAGGGAAAAUCGCUUGCUCAGGUUUGUUUGAGAUGGGCAUAUGAACAAGGAGUAUGUGUGCUUGUGAAGAGCUUCAACAAGGAAAGGAUGAAACAAAACCUUGAUAUCUUUGAUUGGAAGCUCAGUGCUGAGGAGUCUCGCAAGAUAAGCCAACUUCCACAGUUCAAAGGGUUUCCAGCUGGGGAAUUUGUAUCAGAUGAUGGUCCUUACAAGUCUCUUGAAGAGCUUUGGGAUGGAGAGAUUUGAUUUUCAUUAUCUACUGGAUUUAUUACAAAUAAACCAAAUGGACCCAUAUGCAGAUCUUUAUAGUUUGGUGGUAUUGUGUAUAUAUGGGACCAUCAUUUUAUUGUGUUGGAACCAGCAUUUAGCAGACGAGAACUAUGGGGACAAUAAAAUGUGAUUGUGGAGCUUAUUGAGUCAA